UCAGUUAUCAAUAUAUAACGAGAUAAAAUUUUCAAUUUUCAGUCUUCAAUAUUCUUGCACGUUUUCUCACCAAAAUUAAACACAAAUACAAACUUUUUCUUAUGGUCUUGAAGGCUAUGGAUUCAGAUUGGGAAAACUUGCCUAAGGACUUACUAGAUCUAAUUUUUGAGAGAUUAGAGUUACAAUCAGACUAUUUGGCAUUUAGCGUCGUUUGUAAGUCAUGGAACAGUGUAGCAAAGAAUAAUUGUAGCCAAGCAGGUCCAAUGCUCUUAAUUUCUAGUGAUAAAAAAGAUACAUGGAAGUUAUACGACGUCACGAAUGAUAAGGUUCUUGAUUUGCGAUUAAGAUUGUCGAAUAAGCGAUUCAGUGGGUCUUCCAAAGGAUGGCUAGUAGUUGUGGAAGAGAACUACGCGGUGACCUUAAUGAAUCCGUUCUCUAGGGUUAAGGGAUGUAAAGAGAAAGAAAAUUCAAUCAUUAGCCUUCCUCCACUGAUGCAUCCUGAUCAAUCUUUUAAAGAUCUUAAUCAUUGUCUGUGUAAGGCUACAAUUUCAACAUAUCCAAUUUUAAAUGCAGAUAGUUGCAUUGUUACAGUCAUAUACGGAGAUCAUGAUCAUUUUGCCUUUAUUAGACUUGGCCAAGACACAAAUUGGACGUAUAUUGAUGACAGGGGAUUGCAAUUUCCAUUAGUUGAAGAAGUUGUUCACAUUGGAGAUAAAGUUUAUGCUGUUAAUCAACGUGGUAGACUUUUAAGCUUCGACAUUACUAGUGAAUCCGAAAUAAAGUGCAAAAACUUUAGUGAAGAGGUAAAGAACAGUUUACGAAUGUCGUCCAAGACAUAUCUUUUGAAUUCCAAUGAGAAAGGGCUUUUGAUUGUGAAAAGGCAUGCAAACUGGGAAGGCAAUGUGCUAGACGGGAAGGCUGUCACAUAUAAAUUUGAAAUCUUCGAACUGAAUUUUGAUAAGCACGAGUGGAUUGAGAAAGAAACCUUGGAUGAUGCUGCUCUUUUCUUGGGUAAUAAUUCUUCUGUGUUUGUUGUGGCUUCAAAAUUUCCAGGAUGUCAGCCUAAUUGCAUAUAUUUCAACUCGGAUUGGCAUCCUGCUAAUUGGGGACCUGAAGAUUUUGGUGUCUAUAACAUCAAAACUCAAAGCAUUUCAAAGCCUUACACGACAACUGCUAUGGCCCUGUUGGGGAGGACCACGCGACCAGCAAUGUGGGUUGUGCCAACUAGUCGACAGUGAAAAGCUCCUUUUGUGUCUUGUUUUUAUUGUUAGUUUGCGAUUUGAAGAUUUUCUUUUUAUUUUUCAAACCAUUUUAUGUUUCGUUGAA